CUCAGCUUCGCCCAGAAGCCGUCCGAGACUGUGCGUGUCCGGUCUGAAGACAUGGGCAGGGGGUUGAUCCAUCAGUGUCUGGGUUAUGGGCCCAGCACACUUCCACUGUGCCACUCUGCUGGAAACAACCCCCACUGGGACUCCAACCCCCAGUCCCUGGUUUAGGAAGCCAUUGCUUUAUUCAUUAGGCCACUGGGGCUACAAAUGAUUGACAUUAUAUGUGUGCAGAUGUCCUACUAACUACAGUGAUGUCUUUGUGGCAUUAAGUGUCUGAUCAAAUGGUGCAGCCUGUUAAGAUGCAUGGUUGACAACUUGACGGAUGCAGGUUCAAAUCUUACAAGAGACAAUGAACAAUGAAGUUAUAGAGUGAAUGCAAACGCCCAAAGGCUCAAAGAAAUAAUUGUCAAGUGUCAGGUCUAAUAACACAGGGCGAUAGGACGCUCACUUGGAAACUCGGAGGUCGUAGGUUUGAAUCUGCCACAGCGGUCAAAUGUUGCUUACAUGUUAAUGCACUGGUAAUGAUAAUCCAGUGAUACAAUACAUAAAAAUAACCGAGGCCAUUCACUUCUCUGCUCUUUUCUUUGCUGCUCUGCUUCGAAGCCUUGGAAAGGGAAGAAUUAAAAGUCCUUUAGCGCCCCCUGUCGUCAAACAAUCAAACAACACGGACAUAAUGUUUUGGGGUUUUUUCAGAAUGGAUGUAGUUGUAUUCAGGCACUCCUCGUCUACGAAUCUCAAACUGUAAAAGCUCACCUUCUGUCAUCUUCAAGCCCUGACUCUAUAUAUCAACCACUUUGAUCAUCUUUUUCUCUUUCUGUGUAAAUGUGUGAAUACAGAGCUUAACGUUAAAUGCUGUCCGUCCAAAACAGCUGGAUGCUACUCGGCUAGCAAGCUGUAGCAGAGCAGCCGCUGCGGAGUAGUGAAGGUGUCAGGUCCAAUCCGCGCUGCAGGACUGGAGGGAUGGGCCACUGCUUCACGUGAUCAGCGAGGAUGAGGAGCCGCAGUAACUCAGGAGUGAGGCUGGAUGGCUAUGCCAGGCUAGUCCAAGAGACUAUCCUGUGUCAUCAGAACCCAGUGACAGGAUUGCUGCCCGCCAGUGCCCAGAAGAAGGACGCCUGGGUGAGAGAUAAUGUGUACAGUGUCCUGGCUGUGUGGGGGCUGGGCAUGGCCUACCGCAAGAACGCAGACCGCGAUGAAGACAAGGCCAAGGCCUACGAACUGGAGCAGAGUGUGGUGAAACUGAUGCAGGGACUUCUACAGUGCAUGAUGAGACAGGUGACCAAGGUAGAGAUGUUCAAACACACCCAGAGUACAAAGGAUUGCUUGCAUGCCAAAUAUGAUACUCCCACCUGUGCCACAGUUGUUGGGGACGACCAGUGGGGUCAUCUCCAGGUGGAUGCCACCUCGAUUUACCUGCUGAUGCUGGCGCAGAUGACAGCCUCAGGUCUUCGUAUCAUUUCAAACCUGGAUGAAGUAGCCUUCAUCCAAAACUUGGUCUUCUAUAUAGAAGCUGCCUACAAAGUGGCGGAUUAUGGAAUGUGGGAACGAGGUGACAAGACCAACCAGGGCAUCCCUGAGCUCAAUGGCAGCUCUGUGGGAAUGGCCAAGGCUGCUCUGGAGGCCAUUGAUGAGCUGGAUCUUUUUGGUGCCCACGGAGGACCAAAGUCAGUUAUCCAUGUUUUGCCCGAUGAAGUGGAACAUUGUCAGUCCAUCCUGUGCUCCAUGCUGCCAAGAGCUUCAACUUCAAAGGAGAUAGACGCCGGCCUUCUGUCUGUCAUUUCCUUCCCUGCUUUUGCUGUUGAGGAUGCUGACCUGGUCGGCAUCACUAAGUCAGAAAUUAUAAGCAAACUGCAGGGUCGCUUUGGCUGCUGCCGCUUCAUCAGGGAUGGAUAUCAUUGUCCUAAAGAGGAUCCGUCUCGGCUGCACUACGAUCCAGCGGAGCUCAAACUGUUCGAGAAUAUUGAGUGUGAGUGGCCUGUGUUCUGGACUUACCUCAUUCUGGACGGUAUCUUUGCUGGAGACCAAGUACAGGUGCAGGAGUACCGCGAGGCACUGGAGGGCAUUUUGAUCAGAGGGAAGAAUGGUAUCAAACUGGUGCCUGAGCUUUACUCUGUACCACUCAACAAGGUGGAGGAGGAGUACAGCAAUCCUCACUCAGUGGACAGAGUGGCCAUGGGGCAGCUGCCGCACAUGUGGGGACAGUCGCUCUACAUCUUGGGCUGUCUUCUGGCUGAGGGGUUUUUAGCACCAGGAGAAAUAGAUCCUCUCAACAGGAGAUUUUCAACAAGCUUUAAGCCAGAUGUUGUGGUACAAGUUUGUGUUCUGGCAGAGUCAGAGGAGGUCCAGGAGUUGUUAAAUGAUCAUGGGAUAACGGUCCAGACGAUGUCAGAGGUUCUGCCUAUCAGGGUCAUGCCUGCUCGCAUCCUGAGCCAUGUCUAUGUCAGACUGGGGAACUGCAAGAAACUGAAUUUGAGUGGGAGGCCCUACAGACACAUUGGAGUUUUGGGAACAUCCAAAUUUUACCAAAUCAGAAACCGAUCCUAUAUAUUCACCCCCCAGUUUCUGGAUCAGCACCAUUUCUACCUGGCGCUGGACAACCAGAUGAUAGUGGAGAUGUUACGAACAGAGCUGGCCUAUCUCUCCUGUUGCUGGAGGAUGACAGGACGACCCACGCUCACUUUCCCCAUCACCCGCAGCAUGCUGGUUGAAGAUGGAGAUGCAAUCGACCCAUGUAUCCUAGCAACCCUCAGGAAACUACAGGACGGCUAUUUUGCUGGAGCGAGGGUGCAGAUGUCAGACCUCUCCAGUUUCCAGACCACUUCGUUCCACACUCGCCUCAGCUUCCUGGAUGAAGAGAAUGAUGACAGCUUGCUCGAGGAUGAUGAUGAGGAAGAGGAAGAUGAUGAUGGAUAUGGAGAGGAAUAUAACAAAUGCGGACCCUCAGAGGGCUCAGAGGACAUGUUUGACCAGUACCUCACGCAGCUCCUCCACAGCACCAACACCAAGAGCCAUCUCCCUCCCAUCCAGCGGGGGCAGCACCAUGUCUUCAGUGCUGAACACACCACAAGAGACAUCCUUUCUCUCAUGGCCCAGGUCCAGGGCCUCAACAUGCCCAAGUCUUCCAUGUAUCUACCUGUGACUCCUGUCAUGAACAAACACCGCAGAUCUCUCAACCUUCUUGACGUUCCUCAUCCCCAGCAUAGCCCACAUGCAAAGCAGCACAAGCCCCACAGUGCUGCUGAUCUGCACCUGCCCCGAGACUCUCAGGGCAACACGGACUUUGCAGCGUUGGUAAGGCAACUGAAAGAGUGUCCCACUCUGCAGGACCAGGCUGACAUCCUCUACAUUCUCUACGUAAUGAAAGGAGCUGAUUGGCUGGUGGAGCUGUCAGGUCCUGGGCACGGUGGGGUCAGCGUGCGCUCACUGUUAGAGGAGCUUUAUGUGCAAGCUGGAGCCUGCAAAGAGUGGGGGCUCAUCAGAUACAUCUCUGGAAUACUGCGCAAGAGAGUGGAGGUUCUUGCAGAGGCCUGCACAGAUCUUAUUUCCCAUCACAAGCAGCUGACUGUGGGUCUACCUCCUGAACCCAGAGAAAGAGUCAUCACAGUGCCACUACCUCCUGAGGAGUUGAACACUCUCAUCUAUGAAGCCAGUGGUCAGGACAUCAGUAUAGCCGUCCUCACUCAGGAGAUCAUGGUCUAUCUGGCCAUGUAUGUGCGCUCCCAGCCUGCUCUGUUUGGGGACAUGCUCCGACUCAGGAUAGGACUCAUCAUGCAAGUGAUGGCCACUGAGCUGGCACGUAGCCUGCACUGCUCUGGGGAAGAGGCAUCUGAGAGUUUGAUGAGCCUGAGUCCGUUUGGCAUGAAGAGCCUCCUGCAUCACAUCCUCAGCGGCAAAGAAUUUGGGGUGGAGAGGAGCAUGCGGCCAAUCCAGUCAACAGCCACUAGUCCUGCCAUCUCCAUCCAUGAAUUAGGCCACACUGGCGCCACCAAGACUGAGCGCACAGGAAUACACAAACUAAAGAGUGAGAUAAAACAGCUGGAUGACUCUCGUCCUCUCAGUAUCUUCAGCGGUGGUCUUUCCUUGAAUAGCAGUGUCACUUCUCCUCGAUCCACGCGUUGCAGCAGCCCGUCCACCCCCAGUGGAAUCCUGUCCCCAGUGGGCCCUGGUCCAGGUGAUGGACAGCUGCACUGGGAGGAGAGGCAAGGCCAGUGGCUGAGGAGACGCAGGCUGGAUGGAGCCAUAAACAGGGUACCAGUGGGUUUCUACCAGAAGGUCUGGAAGAUCCUGCAGAAGUGCCACGGCCUGUCCAUCGAUGGAUAUGUGUUGCCUUCUUCUACCACACGAGAGAUGACAGCAGGAGAGAUUAAGUUUGCGGUGCAGGUGGAGUCUGUCUUGAACCACGUCCCUCAGCCAGAGUACCGGCAGUUGCUCGUGGAGACUGUGAUGGUUCUAGGCUUGGUAGCUGACGUGGAUGUGGACAGCAUUGGUGGCAUUAUCCAUGUGGACCGAAUCCUGCAUUUGGCCAAUGACCUCUUUCUCAGUGACCAGAAAUUGCACAGUGCUAGUGAUUAUUUCCUUGAGAAGGAUCCAGCGACUGGAAUCUGCAACUUUUUCUAUGAUAGUGCCCCGAGCGGCAGCUAUGGAACCAUGACCUAUCUGUCCAAGGCAGCGAUCACUUAUGUUCAGGACUUCUUGCCGAGUUCCAGCUGCCUGAUGCAGUGAAAAAAGAAGACAAGUCUAGACACCUUAGGAGACGUGUUUUAUAGCUGAAGGAUCAACUGCUUAAAGGCAGCAAAGUUUCUCAUGAUCAGCUCAUACAAUUCAUGUGGUGCUUGUAGGUAUUUACUCAAUAAAUAAUCAAUAAACUCUGUAGCUCUCAUACAUGGAUGUACUAUCAUAGCCUCGGCAGCUGAUUACAAACCACUACAUACAAAUUUAUUUUUUCCUUUGUGGGUCUGGACUGUGAACUUAUUUAUUACUUAAACAGUUGCAGGACUUAAUAACAUGCAUUUUAUGUAAACUGAAAACUCAGUGUUCUUAGAGUUGUUUGUGAGAAUAUUGUAUCAACAGUCGUAUAAUUGAAUAUGUCAUAUGCCCAGCAGUUAUCAGAGUAAACAUUUUGAUAAUGUAUGCACACUUAUGUCUCACAAAUCAAUAAUUUUUAUUUUUAUUUUAUUAUUUUCUGCCUCUAUUAUGUUUUUGUUUGAUCUGUAUUUAGUAAUUUAAUAAUGCAUUAUUCUAUUGAAAUGGCCAAACUAAAUAAGUGGGAAAAGUAACAAAAUAUUAAUUAAAAUAUUUAAUGUUUCCCCCCACAAAUGACAAAUUUUUGCAUCGGAAUUAACAAAACAUUUACCUCUGAUAGUGCUGAUGAUACAGAAACGUAUGUGUUGUAGUCUUGUAUUAGUGUUAACCUGUAUGGAAACAAGAAUCAUAGUUUUCUUUGAAUGCUAAGAUGUUUUUGUCUUUGUGUCUUUGUGUUGUGUGCAGUGAUAAAAAUAUAAUUCUUCUAAUAGUUAUUUGUGCAUAGUUAGGAUAAGUGUGUUCCUGCUAUGUUAGGGAAGAGGUAUAGGAGUGUUUUAUAUACAGAAUGUACACAUACAGUAUAUGAUGUACCUGUAAAGAAUGAAAUGGCAGUAUAGCCAGAUAUUGGUUAAGUACCAGAGGUCCAGAGUAUGUUGAAUAAGGUAUUUGUAAGUCUGAGAAGAGUGUUUUUCUGCUUUCAUCCCUGUGCUUUGUUGGUCAAAGCAAAACUGCAAGAAACAUAGUAAAAUGUUGUUAUAUUUUAAUGCUUACUCUUAAACUAUUUACAUAGUUUAUAUCAGAAAUACAGAGAUAUUUAUUAAAAAUAUAAUUAUUUUACUAUUUUAAUACAUUAUCCAGGUUACCUAUUUAACAAUUAUUUUAGCAAUUCCGUUGCCCCUUCAUUUCCAUUUCAUUCAGAAAAGUAUGUUUAUUAUAAGUAUGUUCAUACUGUAAUAAAGCCAUUUAACCAAU